AUGAACCCGCGGCUGCGGCACUGGAGGGAAGCGGCGACGCUGCUGCUGGCGGCGGGGGCGCCGGCGCGGCCGCCGCGCUCCUCGCUCGGCGCCUUCGACUACGAGCUGCUGCUGCUGCAGCGCAGCCCGCGCAGCGGCUUCCUGCCCGGCGCCCACGUCUUCCCGGGGGGGCUGCUGGAGGCGGCGGAUUUCUCGGCCGAGUGGCUGGAGCUGCUGCCGCCCCCGCCGCACUGCGGCCUGGGCCUCGUGAGGCCGCCGCCGCCGGGCAGCAGCCGGGCGCCGCUCUUCGCCACCGACCGGCAGAGCCUGGGCUCGCCGCUGCCCGCCGAGGUCGCCUUCCGCAUCUGCGCCAUCCGCGAGACCUUCGAGGAGGCGGGGAUCCUGCUGGCGGUGCCGGGGCGCGGGCCGGCGCCGGGGGGCGGCCCCGCGCGCGCGCUGCCCGCCGAGCGGCUGCCGGAGCUGGGCGCGUGGCGGCGGCGCGUGCAGCACGACGCGAGCUGCUUCCCGCGCCUCUGCCGCCACCUCGGCUGCGCGCCCGACAUCUGGGCGCUGCGCGAGUGGAGCAACUGGCUGACGCCGGCGGGCGGCGCGGGGCGCGGCGGCCGCCGCUACGACACGGCCUUCUACGUGUGCUGCGUGGAGCGGCGCCCCGCGCGCGCCGCGCACGACGGCCGCGAGGUGACGGGCGCGCAGUGGUUAUCACCUGCAGAAGCCGUUGAACGCUUCAAAUCUCAGGAAAUAUGGUUGGCUCCCCCUCAGUUCUACGAAUUGUGUAGGUUAGGCAACUUUUCUUCACUUCAAGAGCUAAAUAAGUUCAGCUCUGAGCGCGCUUUAGAAGGAUGUGAACGUUGGAUGCCAGUGAUUUUAACUGCCUCAGAUGGCUACAUGCAGCUAUUACCAGGAGAUGAGCUGUAUCCAGAAGAUCCAGAUCAUACAGGGGAAAAGAAAAUAACCUUGUCAACAGAUAAGAAAAUUGAAGAUCUAAUGAAAGAGGGCAGUAUAUUUCAUAGGAUUGUAAUAAAAAACACUCAUGAUCUUGCUGUUUAUGUUAAUAUUCAAGCAAAAUAUAAACAUAAAAAUCCAGUGGUGCUAAACUCUAAUAAUUCAGAUUUCAAUAGCAGAUUAUAGCAUACAUGUGGUUUAAAGUUAGAAUAUGUUUAAUUAUAUAUGUAUUAACUGUUAGUGUUUCCAGUCUGCUCUACCGGUUACCAAGUUGUCAUUUUUAAUCACAGAGUAAUAUAUUUCAUUGCACCACCAAAACAUUUCAUUUGGAUAUAGCUUUGAGAUUUAUGUGUGUUUAAUUGUUUGAUUCUCUGAAACUGCACAGUUGUGUCAGUUACGAUAUACAUGACUACUAAAAACUUGACAAUACCAUCAACUUUGUUACUUGAUUAAACUUAAGAGUGAUUGGAUGGUAACUGUAUGAAACCACGAUCACAUUACUCACAUACUAGUAGUGGAAUAUGCAGUAACAUUGGUCCUUUGGGUCACCUUUUUUUUCUCACUGAAAAUUAAAUGGAACAAAUAUAUUUUUAAUUAAAUAAUUUUACUAUGCUUUUCAGAGUUGUCUUUUGAACAACUAUAACGUGUUCAUAAAUGAAUAAAAUCCUUAUUAUAUUUUUCUUCAAUGUAGUUGCUCUCAUUUUGGGGAAAACCCAUAUAUAUGUAUAUAUAAUUCUGUUAGCUAAAAUUCAGUCUGUUUUCUGAUUUUGAUUUUUAAGCAAUGCUUAUAUCUGAUAUACCUCUCUUGUUUCUAUUAAUGGUCAUCUAUGCAAAACUUAAAUUUUCAAAGGUAGAAAUUUGCAUAUAAGCUAAGUCAGCUAUCAGAUUGAGUGCAAUCAUUCUCUCUGUUCACAUACUUAUUUUGAAGCAUGUAUGGCAAUUUAAAAACAGGAAAAAUAAAUUAUUUAGCUGUGGGAAAGAUACUAAGAGCUUCAGAGUUACUGUCAUGGAAACACCUGCUUACGUAUUUCAACAUCCCACAUUUUGCCUUGUAACUCUUUCCCUAAAUAUAUCUUUGUUAUGAGGCUUAGAGACUUCAGA